UUUUCAUGAUCUGAUUUUGACAAAACUCUUGUAUUUAACAUAACCAAGUAACCCACCUACCUUGUAUGCUUGUAUGGUGUUUUGAGGGAAUAAUAAGAAGAGAGAAGCAGAGUUACAGAAUUCUUGAUUAUCUGAUAACUCUUUUGUGUGUUUCAGAAACACAAAAUCUGGGUUUUUUUUUGUGGUGAGCAAGUUCCAGUAGACGACAAGGGUGUAACACCAUGUCAACUGCAGGGGUGAGGCUGCAUAUUCAAGGUGGCCAUGUGGUGAUGGAUAAUGGCAUACUCCAAGUUACCUUAUCAAACCCGGAUGGCAUUGUCACUGGAAUACGAUAUAACGGGAUUGAUAAUGUGCUUGAACCUCUCAAUAAGGAAACUAACAGAGGGUAUUGGGACCUUGUUUGGAGUGCACCAGGAAGUAAAGGAAUAUUUGAUGUGAUAAACGGUACAAGUUUUAGAGUUAUUGUGAACAAUGAGGAGCAGGUCGAGGUCUCAUUUACAAGAAUGUGGGAUCCCUCCCUUGAGGGGAAAUAUGUUCCACUAAACAUAGACAAAAGGUUUGUGAUGCUGCGUGCUUCCUCGGGCUUCUACUCCUAUGCAAUUUAUGAGCACUUGAAGGAUUGGCCUGAUUUCGAGAUUGGUGAAACUAGAAUAACCUUCAAAUUGAGAAAAGACAAGUUCCAAUACAUGGCUGUAUCAGACAACAGGCAAAGGUACAUGCCCCUACCUGAUGACCGGUUACCAGGAAGAUGCCAAACACUGGCCUACCCAGAAGCGGUCCUACUUCAAAAUCCCAAGAUGAAAGAGCUUGCUGGAGAGGUGGAUGACAAGUAUCAAUACUCAUGUGAGAACAAGGAUAAUAAGGUUCAUGGGUGGAUAUGCACCAACCCACCAGUUGGGUUCUGGCAGAUCACACCCAGUGAUGAAUUCCGAUCGGGUGGACCUCACAAACAGAACCUAACCUCACAUGUCGGCCCUACCACUCUUGCUAUGUUUCUGAGUGGUCAUUAUGCGGGACAAGAUCUGGUGCCAAAAUUUAGAGGCGGUGAACCAUGGAAGAAGGUUUUUGGCCCUGUUUUUAUCUAUCUUAAUUCUUCUGCAAUUAAAGAUGAUCCAUUUUGGCUAUGGGAGGAUGCUAAAAUACAGAUGAUGACAGAAGUACAAAGCUGGCCAUAUAGUUUCCCAGCUUCUGAGGAUUUCCAAAAGUCGGAUCAACGGGGUAAUGUGAGUGGUAGACUACUUGUUUUGGACAGGUAUAUUUGUGAAGAACUCAUACCAGCAAAUGGUGCGUAUGUUGGUCUGGCCCCACCAGGAGAUGUAGGAUCAUGGCAAAGAGAAUGCAAGGACUAUCAGUUCUGGACGAGGGCAGAUGACCGUGGCUAUUUUUCGAUUAGCAACAUACGUACUGGCACAUAUAAUCUUUAUGCAUGGGUACCUGGUUUUAUUGGAGAUUAUCGGCAUGAUGCUGUCAUUAACAUAACCUCAGGUUCUUUUAUUGAAAUGGGUGAUCUUGUGUUUGAACCUCCAAGAGAUGGGCCAACAUUGUGGGAAAUAGGCAUUCCGGAUCGUUCUGCUGCAGAGUUUUAUGUUCCUGAUCCUGAUCCAAAUCAUAUUAACAAAUUGUUUGUUAAUCAUCCUGACAGGUUCAGACAAUAUGGGCUGUGGAACAGAUAUGCUGAGUUAUAUCCUCAUGAGGACUUGGUGUACAUUGUUGGUGUUAGUGAUUAUGCUAAAGAUUGGUUCUUUGCUCAGGUUCCCAGGCAAAAAGAGAACGGACAUGAAGGAACAACAUGGCAAAUUAAGUUUGAACUAAGAAAUGUGGAUAGGAACAGCACCUAUAAACUACGAGUGGCGAUUGCAUCUGCAACUCUUGCUGAAUUGCAGGUUCGGAUUAACGAUCCAAAUUCGAGGCGACCUCUGUUUACAAGUGGAUUGAUAGGGAGGGAUAACUCGGUUGCAAGACACGGAAUUCAUGGGAUUUACUGGCUGUAUAACGUGAAUGUACCAGGGGCUCAGCUCGUUGACGGGACUAAUACUUUCUUCUUCAAACAACCAAGGUGCACCAGUCCUUUCCAAGGACUCAUGUAUGAUUAUAUUCGAUUUGAAGGUCCCCCAUCUUGUGGUUCGAGUUCAUCUUAGUAUGGAAUUCAUAUGUUUGUAUAUAAUAAUGUAUAUGUACAUAUACAUAUACACAA